AAAGAACUAGUAGCAGAAGCAGUUCCACACCCAUGUUUCUUUACUGAUAGGGUUGCUGACAGUUCAAAUUGUCACUUACCAGCCAAAAGCUUUGACACUUUGAGUAGUGGAGGAACAAUUCAUCGCGCGGAUUGUUAAACCCUGCCAAAGAAGUGAAAGAACGUUCUGCUUCUGCUCAGCACUAAACCCUAUUACUAUCAUUCUUCAUCUGCAUCGUUUUCAGCAGAACUAAUGAAUCGUAUCGACGAAUCAGACGUGGGUAUAUCUUGCUACAUUUCUCAGCUCCCGGGCUUCCGUGGAAUCCUCAAACAAAGGUAUUCUGACUUCAUUGUAAACGAAGUGGAUCCAGAAGGCAUUGUUGUUCAUUUAACUUCUUUAGAUGCUCCACUGGAGCUAUGUGAAGAAAAGGAGAUAAAGGUAACUAAUCCACCCGAUAAAAGUUAUGCAAGUGAGAUAGAAUCUUUCAGAUCGCUUGCUGGUGAAUCUGAUGCUGAUAUGCUUAAAGAUUUUAUUGACAAAAUUUGUUCCGGUGUUAAUGUCAGUGACGAAUACAUACUGCUUUCACCGAGCUCAGAUAAAUCACAUAGGACGGAGAUCCAUAAUUUUUUCAAGGAGAGGUUGAAAUUACUUGUUACAGACACUAUUGAUGGACCUGAUGACUCUUCCAAGUGUAUCCGCGUUAGGUUAAAUGUUGGAGGAAAUUGUGGAAGGGGUAGAAACUCCAGGAAAAGGAAGGAUCGAGGUGAAAAACCCUAUGAUAGCAGAGGUUCAGAUCAUUGGCCACAAGAUAUUGGCAAGUUUCUGAGAUUUCAUCUUUACAAGGAGAACAAGGAUACACAGGAUGCUCUGGGUCUUAUUGCAAAGAUGCUCGGUAUUCAGCCUAGGUCAUUUGGGUUUGCGGGCACAAAAGAUAAGCGUGCUGUUUCGACCCAAAGGGUGACUGUUUUCAAGCAACAAGCAAGCAAGUUGGCAGCUCUCAAUGAAAAGUUGAUAGGAAUCAAAGUUGGUAACUUUAGCCAUGCCAAUGAAGGGCUUGUGCUUGGGCAGCUGUUUGGGAACCGGUUCACAAUUACAUUGAGGGGAGUUGUUGCAGAAUCUGAUGAUAUUAUAAAAGCAUCUGCGACUGCACUAGGAAAGAAUGGUUUUAUUAACUACUUUGGGCUGCAGAGAUUUGGAAGCGGAUCAGUGCCAACUCAUCUCAUUGGAGCUUCACUACUCCGUGGAGAGUGGAAAGCAGCUGUCAACAUGAUUCUAGAUCCCAGAGAUGGGGAGAAGGAAGCCAUAAGUACAAUAAGGGAAUAUUACAAGGAGAGUGGUGAUAUUGAUGGAACUCUACGGCAAAUACCUCGCCAUAUGGUAGCUGAAAGGGCCAUUCUGCAAUGCCUGAAGAAAAACCAAGCAAACUAUUUACAAGCUCUUAAGGGUAUACCUAGGACCCUUAGAAUGAUGUAUGUACAUAGUUAUCAAAGUUAUCUUUGGAACCAUGCAGCAAGCUUCAGGGUGCAAAAGCAUGGGUUCGACCAAGUUGCAGUGGGUGAUUUGGUGUAUUGCAAGAAAAAAAUUACUGGAAAUGAAGCAUCCUACUUUGAAUUUGAAGAUGGUAGUGGAAAUGACACAAAUGAUAACACCAACCUAGAAGAAAUUUCCGAAACUGAUGUUCCUGAAGAAAGAAAUAUUUUAGUUAAGGUUGUGAAUGAAGAAGAUAUAAAAUCAGGAACUUAUUCAGUUGAUGAUGUUGUCCUUCCAUUGCCCGGGUCAAGAGUAAUUUAUCCAUCCAAUGACAUUUCAAAAGUUUAUCAUGACCUAGCAGAAAAGGAUGGCAUCAAAUUAACGGAGUGUGUGCACAAUGUCAAGGAAUUUUCAAUAACCAAUAUGACCGGUAGUUAUAGGCGUGUUUUCCAAAAACCAAUAAAGUUUGAAUGGGAAUUGCUUUCUUACACUGAUGGUACACAACCUCUGGUAGAAACAGAUUGGGAUGUUAUUGCCAAAUCAUUGCAGACUAGCCAAAUCAAGGGUUCAGAAUCAUCAAGAGUUGAGGAAGCUCCAAUUGGUAUUAGAACAGAGUCGAUGAGCGUCGAAGUUGAGAACAAACAUGAACAGAAACCAGGUGCAGAACCUGAAGAUGGGGAUAAUAUUAAAAGCAGAGGAGUGUCAAAAUCUGCGGAAUAUUUGGAUAGUUCUAUUUCUCAGGGAAGUCAAAUGGCUCUCAAAAUGAGCUUUACCCUGCCUGCUUCUUGCUAUGCAACCAUGGCUGUGAGGGAGCUACUGCGAACAUCUACUUCUGUUGCAUAUCAUAAGUCAUUGAAUGAGUCAAAAGAAAAUCCACUGUUAUGAAGACGUCCCUACCCAUAUUUCAACUUUUGGGUAAGGUAUUGUGCAAGGGAGAACACUCACUUGUAAACUGCUUGAAGCCAAGGAUAGAAUUAGAAGAUAAAGUAUUUGUUAGUGCUGAAAUUGUAUGCAAAUGGCGAGGUUCUAUUGCAAAUGCC